ACCAUGGAGAAUAAAACAGAUAUGACUGAAUUCUUCCUGGUUGGACUGACCAAUACCCCAGAACUGCAGAUUCCUUUCUUUGUAAUGUUCACCCUCAUCUACCUCAUCACUCUGAUAGGGAACCUGGGGAUGGUCUUGUUGAUUUUGAUGGACCCUCGUCUUCAUAUUCCCAUGUAUUUUUUCCUCAGUAACCUUUCUCUGGUGGACUUUUGUUACUCCUCAACCGUCACUCCAAAGGUGAUGGCUGGCUUCCUUAUAGGAGAUAAAAUUAUCUCUUACAAUGCAUGUGCGGCUCAGCUGUUCUUCUUUGCAGUCUUUGCAACUGCAGAAAAUUUUCUCUUGGCUGCAAUGGCUUUUGAUCGCUACUCAGCAGUGUGUAGGCCCCUCCACUACACCACCAUCAUGACAACAAGUAUGUGUGUACGUUUGGUCAUAGGCUGCUAUGUUUUUGGUUUCCUGACUGCUGCUGUUCAAGUGGGAGACAUAUUUAGUCUCUCUUUCUGCAUUUCUAAUGUGAUCCAUCACUUUUUCUGUGACAUUCCAGUAGUCAUGAGUCUGACUUGCUCUGAUAAUCGUAUUGGUGAGCUGAUCCUCCUUCUUAUGUCAAGCUUGAAUAUAUUUUUUGCAGUUAUAGUGAUUUUGAUUUCCUACCUCUUCAUAUUUGUCACCAUUUUGAAGAUGCACUCAUCUGAGGGAUACCAGAAGGCCUUUUCCACCUGUGCUUCUCACCUAGCAACUGUUGCCAUAUUUUAUGGGACUGUUACCAUCAUGUACUUACAGCCAAGUUCCAGUCACUCCAUGGACACAGACAAACUUGCAUCUGUGUUCUACACUAUGGUGAUUCCCAUGUUGAAUCCUAUGGUUUAUAGCCUGAGAAAUAAAGAAGUCAAGAAUGCAUUUACAAAAAUGAUUGAGAAGGCAAAAUCUUCUCUAGGUUUACAUUUUUAG